AUGCAGCCUGCACGAUUGACAUUCCUCUAUCCGCACCUAUUCCGGACGAUACGCGCCGGCGAAACGGCGGCGACGACGACAAGCCGCGCGGCGUCGAAAUCAUGUCGGAGACGGACUCCCGCCGAGGUUCGGGGACGGGGGUACGCCGCGUUCGCGCCUACGCCUGGGGCGCAGCAGUCGGGGUUCGCGCCGAGACACGGGAAGGGCAUCGAGCCUGAGGCGAGUCCCGGGCAGGCUGCGGUCGGGGCGUCCAAGGGGGCGAGCGAUGACGGGGUGAAUCCCAAGACGGCGGCUGCGGCAGCGGGGGCUGGGACGGCGACGGCGACGGCGACGAAUACGGUAUCGAAUGCGGCGGAUAACAACGCGGCGAAUGCGACGGCUGCUGCGUCUGGAGAGCAACAACCCCCCGAAGAAGCAGAGGAAGCCAAAGCCGCGAAACAAGAAGCCCGCGACCAAGCAAAGAAGAGCGGGCCCCUCGAAGCCAUCCUGCACAUGGGACCCCCCGAACAAGUCGCCAAACAACACCCGCACAUGGCGCCCACGCCCUACGUACACCAUUUCGACAGCUACUCUCUCGUCAAAGACCUCGAGGGCGGCGGGUACAGCAAAGACCAGGCCAUUACGCUGAUGAAGGCGAUCCGGGCGAUUCUGGCGCAGAACCUUGAUGUUGCGCAGGAGAGCCUGGUGAGCAAGAGCGAUGUGGAGAAUGAGACGUAUUUGUUCCGGGCGGCGUGUUCGGAGCUGAGUACGGAAGUCAAGAAUAAUCAGAAGCUUGCGGAUGAGGAGAUGAGGCAGAAGAGGACGUUGUUGCAGCACGAGGUUGAUAUUUUGACGCAGGGGCUGAAUCAGGAGCUUUUGACGUUGAAUGAUAAUGUGAGGGGGAUGUUUAAUGAUCGGAAGAUGGCGGUUAGGGAGGAGCAAAAGGCUGGUGAUAGUGUCAUCCAACAAAUCAACUACAAAAUCAGCCUUCACCUAAGCAGCGACGCCAAAUCCGAGAUUGAGGGCCUGCGAUGGAUCCUGAUCCGGCGGUCGGUGAUUGGGAUCCUGUUCAUGGCGGUGUUGACGCUGGGCACGCUGCGGUACGGGACGUAUGUGAGCCAUUCGAAGCAGGCCGAGGCGGAGAGGAUGAAGAAGCAGGCCGAGAUGAUUAAGACGGCGGAUGGGAAGAGGGACCAUAGUUCUGCACCUGAUGCGGCUGAGAUUUUGGCGGCGAACUGA